GGUGAACAGCUAUGAUACAUGCUAAAAUAAACACAGAGGCUUAAACAAUAAUACUUGAUACAUACUAAGCAUGCUUACACACACACACACACACACACACACACACACACAGAGAGAGAGACAAACACAAACACAGACAUUUUCUUGUAAAUUCAGUAUUUGAAAUACAUGAUGGGUAAAGAUGUUUUCUGCAAAUCUCAGUAAAACAUCAUUUUCAGGUUUCAUUUUACUCAAUGUGGCACAACUGUUAAAACUAAUACUCUAAUGGAAAUGUAGUGAUGAAUUUUGACAAAAAAUUGGUAGUAAAUGUUAAAAUAAUUAUAUUAAGUCUAAAUAUGAAUUAUAGAACAAUAUUAGUGAGUAGUAUGACAAAAUUACUAUUUUAACCAGCAGGUGGCAACAGAGGACCUCUUACUGGCUAACUUUCAUUUUAAAAGUGUUUGUUUUGUGUUGUUUAUUUUCCAUGUUAACUCCAUUAAUUAAACAUGCUUACACAAACAUGUUUUUGCAGAUAUGGAUAUUUGAAAUCAAUGAUAUGUAAGAAAAUGCUUAAUCCAGCUUUCCCCUUUAAAAACGAUGUAGUUAAUGUUAUAUUAUUGCAAAAACAUACGUCAAAUGAACAAAUGAAGUGGUAAACCUUGACAAAAUGUGAAUUAAUGUUAUAAGGAUUUAUAUAGUUCAAAAGGGAUUUUAAAUGACAAAACCUUGAAACCUUGAACUAUAUAAGUUGCAUUCUACUGCCAUCUGGUGGCACAAAAUGACAGUUUCAGGCAAUUUACUAAGGAAAAAUAUGGUUUUUAAAGGUUUUUUGACAGUUAUAGCGUCAUCUAUGUUCCAAUCUCCACCACUUUUUUGGGGUGUCCUCAGAGUGUGUCCAUACAAAUGUGUGUCAAAUUUGGUGAAAAUAUCUCAUUUCAUUUUAAAGUUAUAGACACUUAUAUAUAUGAGUGCAUAAAAAAUGACCCAUGAGCGACUUUGAUUGGAUUAAUAAUUAAUGAAUGAUUUGAUUGACAGCACUGGUUCUUGAGGCAAAGUUGUCUCAUAAGCGCCAACUAGUGGCCGAUUUCUUUCAAAAUUCUUACAAACCUCUAGAACCUCGAGUCGAACAUGUCCACCGAGUUUCGUUCCGAUCGGCCUCCGUUAACCUUGUCUAAUAGGUGCUCAAACUUCAUUGGCUGAUGGCGGCCAUGUUUUUUGAGAUAUGCCAAUGUCCUCAUAGACUAUCAUGCCCCCUCGGACCAAGACACUGCAUGCCAAAUUUCAAGUUGAACGGUUGCAUAGUUACAGCUGUUUUCAUGUUUUUUUUCAAGUUAUAGCGCAACCUAGUGUCCAAUCGACGCUAUUUUUUUAUCGUAACCAAAGAUUGAGCCCAGACACACGAGUACCGAGUUUGGUGAAAAUAUCUCAUUUCGUUCAUGAGUUACAGCCAUUUUAGUAAAAGUGGCUCUGGCCAUUUCGAACGUUUUGAUGCCCCUUAGCGCCCGUGAAUCGAAAUAUAAACUUUUUUUUGAUAAUUUUUGAUAGUCAGACUCCAGAGAAUCUUUCUGCACUGGUUUGGUUCUGAUCGGGCGAAAAAUCUAGGACUAGUUCGCAAAAGUAGGUUUUGGACAAAAUUCAAAAUGGUGGAAAAUUUUUCCAGGCGGAAAUGAAAUCGGAGAUAUACAAGAUAUACUUGGAUUACAAUGAUAUAAGACACUUGACUCUAGGACAAACGGUCUAGGUAGGAGUUAUGAGCAAUUUUGCAUUUUUGAUCGUUGUAGCGCCACCUAUUGGCCGAUUUGGACGAGUCUGGGUAUCUGAGUAGCGAGCAAGACUACUACCAUCUGACAAAGUUUCAAGUCUCUCGGCCUUACGGUUUGGGCUGCCCGAUCAGUUUUAAGGCAUAAGAAAAAUAAUAAAAAUCCUUACAAUUACAAUAGGGUUUCAGCACUACGUGCUUGAACCCCUAAAAAUAAGUAUCUAUUUGGCAUGUUUUAAUAGUUUUAUAUCAGCCCACCUAAAGACUCAAAGACCACUUUAGUGCUUUUUUUUUUUAACUUGUUCACAUAAAAAAGUCCAAACAGCCUGUGUAGUGGGCAUUAGGAGAAACCUGUGUCCUGAGAUUUGUGUGGUCCCUCUUCCUGAGGAUUUAGUGUACGGCAGCAGAUGUCCACAGUCAGUCCUUAUCUCUUUAUCCCUGUGAAUAGUUGAGAGCUAGAGUUCUCCCAGGUGACAGAUGAGGCUUUAGAAAAUGCUUAAAGAAGCAGGGCCUCACACAGGAGAGCAUUUGCUGAUGUUUACUUUCUAAGGACAGGCCUGAAUUUUCACUGGGAGAAUGGAAUACUUUUGGAACUUGUUGAAUGUUCUCAUUUUCUGGGAACUGACUCGGGUGCCAUUGUGCUAUUGCCUGGUGCGACAUAAGCUACCAGUUUUAUGGAUUAUGCCAGUCAGCGGAGAUCCAGCGAGGGGCAACAUUACGGCAGAGGUGCUUCCUGCUGUUGAACUAGCAUUGCGUCAUUUGAGCGAGCAGCCGUCUCCUCUAGGAAACUAUGAGCUUCAGUUUCACCUCACAAACUCAGAGUGUGAUAACGGUAAAGCACUCAAAGCAUUUUUUGACACCAUGUUCAAUGGCCCUAAACCCAUCAUGAUCUUUGGAGGGGUGUGUUCGUCAGUGACAUCCAUUCUUGCCCAAUCACUGGAGGGUUGGAACCUUGUGCAGCUGUCAUUUGCGAUAAUGGCACCUUCACUGGCCAACAAAAGAAGAUUUCCAAACUUCUUCCGUACUGUGCCAUCAGACAGCGCAGUUAACGUGGCGCUGGUGAGGUUUCUCAGGCAGUAUGGAUGGAGUAGAGUUGGUACAUUGACCCAGCGUGAGCAGACGUUCAUAGAGGUACAGAGGGACUUAAGCAGACAUCUGGAGGUGGCUAACAUCCAGCUAGCAGAGGCAGAGAGCUUCUCUGAAGUCCCCUGCGAUUGUGUGAAAAAACUAAAGGACAAUGAUGUGAGAAUAGUGAUUGCUCAUUUUGAUGCGAGCUUAGCUGCUAAAGUCUUCUGCUGUGUUUAUAAUCUCAGCAUGUAUGGUCAAAAGUACCAGUGGAUUCUGCCGGACUGGAGCCAAGCCAGCUGGUGGAUUAACACUGACUCUACCAACUGCACAGCUGAAAACAUACUGACUGCCAUAGAGGGAUCCAUCAGUGCAGAUAUCGAGACUCUUAGCUCCAGACACAUCAGAGGGAUCUCUGGUAGGACACCUCAGGAGUACGAGAAGGAGUAUGAUGAAAGACGGCAGCUGAAGGGUCUGGGUGCAAACAAGUUUCAUGGCUUUGCUUAUGAUGGUACAUGGGUAAUUGCCAAAGUUUUAACGAGAGUCAUGGAGACUGUGAGGUACAGAGAGAAAUACAGCAUCCAUCGCAACUUUACUGUCACUGACCAAGAAGUGGGACAAAUGAUUCUGGAGGCCAUGGAGAAGAUCAACUUCUUUGGUGUGACAGGUCACGUUAUGUUCCAAAAAGGUGAAAGAGUGGCCAAUGUGAAGUUUGUACAGUAUCAAGAUGGAAAAGCUGUCGAUAUUGAAAAAUAUAGUGCCAUUACAGACGAACUAGAGUUCAUCAGUCCAAUCAGAUUUCAAAGGGAUAAACCCACAAAGGACCGAACUCAUGUAUACCCUCAGAGGAAACGCAUCAGUAUACUGCUCUACGGUAUUGUGGCGUUUCUAACUUUCUUAGGAAUUUUUACAGCUUGCAGUCUCCUAGUCUUCAGUGUGAAACACCACAAUCAUUGGGCCAUUAGCUUGUCAAGACCUUUUAUGAACGCUUUGAUUAUUCUUGGCGCUGUGUUGUCUUAUUCCUCCAUCUUCUUCAUGGGACUGGAUGGGUCUUAUCUUUCUGAUAGAGUAUUUGAAGUUUCUUGCUCCGUACAAAUAUCGUGUCUAUCUAUUGGAUGUACAGCAGCUUUUGGGGCCAUGUUUGCAAAAACAUGGAAAAUGCAUUCAUUCUGCAAAAACCACAGCAUGGGAAAAAAAACCCCAAAGGAUUAUGGGCCGGUUCUUCUAGUUAUGUUGCUUUUGUUGAUUGACCUGAGUUUAUUAAUUUGUCUGCAAAUUUUGGAUCCUUUGAGGAGAACAGUAAAGGAGUAUCGUAUAGAGGCUGACCCUCACGGGCAAGAUUUUUUCAUUCAGCCGUUUUCAGAGCGAUGCGAAAACACAUACAUGGGUUUCUGGAUGGCUGCGUUCUAUGUUUAUAAGGGGAUACUCCUGCUGAGUACCUGUUUCCUGGCCUGGACCACACGACACAUGAACAUCCCUGCCGUAAAUGACAGCAGGGGUAUCCGAUUCAGUGUCUUUGUGUCAGUCCCAGUGAUUCUGAUUGGCACAUGUGCAUCAAUGCUGUGGCAGGAUCAGCCAAAUGUGCAGUUCUGCAUUGUGACCCUUGUGAUCAUUACAUGCUGCUGCAGCACUCUGUGUAUGGUGUUUCUUCCAAAGAUUAUCAUCAUAAGGAUGGGUCCUGAUCCUGCAUUCUUGUCAAGGAGGUUCCAUCUCACGCAGUGGCAUAGCGAAUUAGAAAAGGAGAGUGGACAAAUGAUUGAUGAGAGGAACAUUAUGGAGCAGUACGACACAGGAGCAUCCGACUUUGUGACUGACAUGACACAGAACAUUCUACUGACAGAAAACCUACACCUCAGACAGCACAUUAAUGAACUGGAUUCUGAGCUGGAGGAUUUGACCAGGCAACUAAAUGAAUUGAGUCCUUACGUUAUGGAGAAUGUCAUCAUCAGAAGUUUUGUGCACAAAACAGUCAAGGAGAAAUGUCUGACUCUUCCUGGAAGCUCCAAAUGCAGCAGGAAUCUUCUGGAAGACAUCAACUCCCUUGAACACAUUCAGCGCAGGCUCUCGCUGCAGUUACCCAUUCUGCACCAUGCCUACCUGCCCUCAAUUGGAGGAGUGGACUCCAGUCCUCUAAAUAGCCCUUCUGACAGCCCUCAGCAUACACUGAUGCCCAGGACAUAUGGAGUGUUGGUGACAGGACUGUGAUUUACACACAUGCACUUACAUGAACAGUAGGUUUAUACUGUGUACAUGGACAUGGAGACAAAUUACAUGCACUGAUCAAUGUAAGCAUAUUUCAAAAUUACUUAUAUAUUGUAUAUAUGUAGUACAUCUGGUAACUUGUAAUGAAACACUACAUUGUUUCUACAUCUAAAUUUUCAAAAAAUUUCCACUAAAAAUCAACAGACCAAUGUUUUGAAUAAAUACUGUAUAUGAAACUUCA